AUGGAAAGAAUUGUUCAGAUACAGCAUACAGUUGCAAAGAAAGUUCAUGUAUAUGGUUUUCAAUCAACAUUAACAAAAAUCCAAUGCAAAUUUUUUAGUGGUAGUGAUUUAUACGUUGGCCACAAGUUCUGCACAAGCCACUAUCAUCUAGCUGCAGUGCGGCUCUCCAGGCAACUCGUGUCUAAAAGGUGUGCUGAGCAAAUAAUAUGUAAAACCACCACCAAAAUAAAGACAAAGCAUAGCGACAUAGCACAAGAAAAUGAUCAAUCCACAUACGGCCACACAUCCGCGCAUGAAAGAUUGGAAAGUUCAAGCACCACCUGGAGUCCCUAUGUUUACACCCCUACAUAUAGCAGACAUUUUUAG